GGUUCAGUUCAUUGAUCAUUCAUGUUCAGUUUCUCUUGAGAUGCCUUGAGAGUUUGUCGUUGGUGUAAGUUCCAAGUCUUCGAAGUUCCACUCACUUUAAGACUUGUCUGAAAUGUCAAUAUCUCUAGAAAGAGAAUAUGUGAAUAAAAAUUUUUAUUUUUUGUGAUAUCGAUUUAAAAAUCAAAAUGAGAAGUUCUCAAAAUAAUCAAAUUAAAUUUGAUUCGAUUCAAUAAUUGCACAGUUUGUAAAUUGUAGCAGAAAGUAAAGUGCUGACGUGAGUGAUUUCUUAAUAUUCAAUCUCGCGAGCUUUUUCAACGGGAGAAAUUGCAGAUAUUAAUUCGAUAAUAUGGCAGGUAAAACUAGUUUUUCCGUCACUCACGAUACUCCAGAUAUCGAGAACCUUCUAAGUUGUAAUCCGAAAACAAAGAAAUUUACGAAUCUCGUUCCAUCAGCAGAGACGAAAACAAAUAAGCAACACUGGAAAAGGAAUAUUCACGAGAAAUGCGAUGGUUGCCAGCCUUUAAAAAAAAAUUUUGAUGACGUCAAAGAAACCACUUUGAGUGAAAGGGGUGCUUUAUACGAAGCAUCAAGAUGUUUAAAAUGUGCUGAUGCCCCUUGUCAAAAAUCUUGUCCCACUCAAUUGGAUGUAAAAUCAUUUAUUACGUCAAUUUCGAAUAAAAAUUACUAUGGAGCUGCGAAAGCAAUUUUUUCGGACAAUCCUUUGGGUCUUACUUGUGGAAUGGUUUGUCCAACGAGUGACCUUUGUGUGGGAGGAUGCAAUCUGUUUGCCACUGAAGAAGGACCUAUCAAUAUUGGCGGAUUACAACAAUUUGCAACAGAUAUAUUCAAAAAGAUGAAAAUUCCUCAAACUAGAAUUCCUGGCCAAACAGUGCCUCUAUCGGAUACAAAAAUUGCUCUAAUUGGAUGUGGGCCUGCCUCAAUUUCCUGUGCGACUUUUUUGGCUCGAUUGGGUUAUGAUGAUAUUACAAUUUUUGAAAAAGAAAACUUUGUUGGAGGCUUAAGUUCUUCAGAAAUUCCACAAUACAGACUUCCCUACGAUGUUGUAAAUUUUGAGGUGGACCUUGCCAGAGAUUUGGGAGUAAAAAUUGAAUUUGGUAGAAGAUUGUCUGAAAAAGAUUUAACAAUUCAGGGAUUGAAAAAGUCGGGAUACAAAGUCGUAUUUUUGGGAAUUGGACUUCCAGAGGCGAAGUGCAUUCCAAUUUUCAAGGAUUUGACCCCGGAAAUGGGAUUUUUUACUUCUAAAGCUUUCUUACCUUCUGUAGCAAAAGGCAGUAAACCAGGAAUGUGUGCUUGCAAAAAAACUAGUUUGCCAAGUCUUUACGGAAAUGUGAUUGUGCUUGGAGCUGGAGACACAGCUUUUGAUUGCGCCACUUCAGCUUUGAGAUGUGGGGCCAAAAAAGUGUUCGUUGUUUUUAGAAAAGGGUUUACUAAUAUUCGAGCUGUUCCAGAGGAGAUGGAAUUGGCUCGAAAUGAAAAAUGUGAAUUCAUACCGUUCCAAUCGCCAAAAGAAGUUAUAGUGCGAAAUGGAAAAAUCGCAGCGAUGGAAUUUUAUCGAACCGAACAAGAUGAAAAUGGAGAAUGGAUUGAAGAUGAGGAUCAAGUUGUACGAUUGAAAGUUGAUUUCUUGAUAUCUGCAUUCGGGUCCGGAUUAUAUGAUCCCGAAGUAAAAAAUGCCCUGGCUCCCCUUAAAUUGAAUAAAUGGGGUCAACCGGAAGUGGAUGUGAAGACAAUGGCAACUUCAGAGCCUGGAGUAUUUUGUGGAGGAGAUAUUGCUGGAGUUGCAAAUACGACAGUAGAAUCUGUGAAUGAUGGAAAAACUGCAUCUUGGUACAUUCAUAAAUACAUUCAGGAAUCGAACAAUCUGAAAGUGCCAACAGAACCACAAUUACCAAAAUUCCACUCCCCAGUUGACGAUGUUGAUAUAAGCGUCGAAAUUUGUGGAUUGAAAUUUGAAAAUCCAUUUGGAUUGGCAUCUGCUCCGCCAGCUACGAGCAGCGCUAUGAUUCGGCGAGCAUUUGAAGCAGGGUGGGGAUUUACUAUUACGAAAACUUUUGGCCUAGAUAAGGAUCUGGUUACGAAUGUAUCUCCCCGUAUCAUCAAAGGAACAACUUCACGACAUCGUUAUGGCCCAGAACAAGGAAGUUUUUUGAACAUCGAACUGAUAUCGGAAAAAAGUGAAGCUUAUUGGCUGACCAGUAUUUCUGAACUAAAAAAAGAUUUCCCUACAAAGAUCAUCAUUGGAAGUAUUAUGUGCUCUUAUAACAAAGAUGAUUGGACAGUGCUUGCAAAAAAAGCGGAAGAUGCUGGAUGUGAUGCUUUGGAAUUAAAUUUAUCUUGCCCGCAUGGCAUGGGAGAAUCUGGAAUGGGUUUAGCAUGUGGGCAGGACCCAAUAUUGGUAAAAAAUAUUUCUUUAUGGGUACGAGAUGCUAUAAAAAUUCCUUUCUUCGUCAAAUUGACACCCAAUAUUACUGAUGUCAUCGCUAUAGCCAUAGCUGCUUCCGAAGGAAAAGCAGACGGUGUGACAGCCAUAAAUACUCUUUCGGGUUUAAUGGGAGUUAAUUCUAAUGGAGUUCCAUGGCCGGCAGUCGGAAUAAAUAAAUUAACCACAUAUGGAGGUGUUUCCGGAAAUGCAAUUAGACCUCAAGCAUUAAAGGCGAUUUCUGGAAUUGCAAACAAAUUACCAGGAUUUCCAAUACUUGGAACUGGAGGUAUAGAUUCUGCUGAUGUAGCUUUGCAAUUUUUACAUUGUGGAGCAUCAGCUCUCCAGAUUUGCAGUGCGAUACAAAAUCAGGAUUUUACUGUAAUAGACGAUUACACAACUGGUCUGAAGGCCCUUUUGUACCUCAAGAGUUUAGAUCAAGUGAAAGAUUGGGAUGGACAAAGUCCUCCAACUUUCAAACAUCAAAAGGGAAAACCAGUAUCCUUACAACAUGCUUUAGGGAAGAAUAUCCCACACUUUGGAAAGUACCAAAAACUUCGAGAACAGAAAAUUGCUGAGAUAAAACUUCAGUCUGAUCUACUUUCAGUGAAUUUAGAACCUUCAAGGCCAGUUCCUGAACCAAAAGGUCCAGUUCCAAAAGUGAAAGAUGUUAUUGGAAAAAGUCUUCCUCAUAUUGGCUCUUACAAAAAAUUGGACAAUAAAAAACAAGUCGUUGCUCUCAUUGACGACGACAUGUGUAUAAAUUGUGGAAAGUGCUACAUGGCUUGUGCUGACUCAGGAUAUCAAGCAAUUAAAUUCGAUCCAAAAACUCAUAUUCCAGAAGUCACUGAUGAUUGCACUGGGUGCACAUUGUGUUUGUCAGUUUGUCCGAUUAUUGACUGCAUAACAAUGGUGCCUAAGACUAUUCCACAUGUAAUAAAAAGGGGAAUACCGCCCCAAGGAUUAGAAGUUGGCUCUUCAGGAGCUUUGCACCACAAAUUGGACUAGGCAGUUGCAAUUAUGAUAUAUUUGUCUUUUUUGGCGAUGGUUUCCACUUCUAAAUUUAUAUUCCACGCAAUAACUAAUGUAAUACACGAAAUAAAAUUUUGACAAACAAAAA